AUGUUGGUAUUGCUGACUGUAAUCACCUUGCCAAGACUACGAUUUUCUGGACUUUUUGUCCAUUGCGGAGAUGAUGCCUUGUUCAGUUCCGAAAAGUACAACGGUGAUAGUGAUCGCAUGUCCUUGGAUGUUGUAUGUUUCCAUGAAUGGGUGUACAUUCUUGAAAUUGCUUCCCCGGAUCGUGAAACGUUGUCUACAAAAAUGGACUCUUUAAUUUGUGGGAUAUUUUCGUUUGGCAGCUUGAGUGUAGGUAUAAAAUCUUCAAGAGGAUUCAGUAUUAUUUGUGGAGUUAAGUCAUUCGGAGAGGCUGAAGUUGACAAAAAUUCAGAAAUCGUGUAA